AUGUCCAAGACGUUUACUAUUGUUAUUAAGCUCGGGUCUUCUUCUCUGGUCGAUGAGAAGACGAAAGAGCCCCAAUUGUCCAUAAUGUCGAUGGUUGUGGAGACCGUUGUAAGGCUUCGCCGUAUGGGCCAUCGUGUUGUUCUGGUAUCGAGUGGUGGGAUUGCAGUUGGUUUGAAAACUCUGAACCUGGAAAGUAGGCCAAAGCAUCUGGCUCGCGUGCAAGCCAUUGCGGCCGUCGGACAGGGCAGACUUAUCGGACGUUGGGACUCGUUGUUUUCACAGUUUAGCCAAAGAAUCGCUCAGAUUUUGAUCACCAGAAAUGACAUUACAGACUGGACACAGUACAAAAACGCUCAGAAUACGAUUUCUGAGCUGUUGCAAAUGGGCGUUGUUCCAAUUGUGAACGAAAACGAUACACUCUCUGUCAGUGAAAUCAAGUUUGGAGAUAAUGACACAUUGUCCGCUAUAACAGCAGCUCUUUGCGGCGCAGACUAUCUGUUUUUACUCACAGACGUCGAUUGUUUGUACACAGAUAAUCCUAGAACCAAUCCUGAUGCAACUCCAAUCUUGGUGGUUCCUGAUAUGGCGCAAGGCUUGCCUGGUGUGAAAACUGACAGCGGAUCGGGAUCUGACGUGGGAACAGGAGGCAUGGCUACAAAACUGAUUGCAGCCGAGCUUGCUACUAAUGCCGGUGUUAAUACUAUUAUAAUGAGGAGUUCCGAGCCCCACAACAUCUCGAAAGUCGUACACUACGUUCAAAGUCUUGAAACUCCUAGCUCAUCGGUCGAAGAUCUGGUACAAUUACAACAGCAAGAACAGCAGAAACUUCAAUUGCAUGGAGUUCCUUUUCACACACGAUUUGUUGCGGACAAAUCCGGGAUGCAUUUGAAAAACCGAGAGUUUUGGAUGCUACACGGUUUGGUGAGUCAUGGAACUGUGAUCAUAGACCAGGGAGCUUUUGCCGCACUCACAAGGAAAGAAAAAGCUGGUCUUUUGCCCGCUGGUGUCAUCGACGUCGAAGGACAUUUUCACGAACUUGAAUGCGUGGAUCUCAAAGUGGGCUCCAGGCUUGCCUCUGGCGAGUUAGACACUUCAGCGCCUCUUGUGAAAAUUGGCCGAGCUCGUUGCAAUUACACCAGUUUAGAGCUGAAAAAGAUCAGAGGUCUACAAAGCGACCAGAUCGAGAAAAUUCUCGGUUACGCUGACAGCGAAUACGUAGCGCUGCGUGCCAAUUUGGCUUUUCCUCCACGCUGA